AGGAAGGGGAGGAAAGAAGGAAGCCUAAGGUAAUUGAUGUUGGCGACGAGAGGAGAUCUGUGGCUGCCGAUGCGCUGCUGUUGGUACUCUGCUCUGCUGUGCUCUGAGUCCCUGUCUGUGCUCGAGCGGGUUCGAAGAGAAGACAAGAGACACAAACAGGAGGAGUUGGAAGGAGGAGAAGGUGGACGAUGUUCGUAGGGAUUGUCAGGGAGAGUGUGAUUGUGUGCUAGGGCUGGUGGAUCUGCUGCUUGUGUCACUCGUGUCGACCUAUUGGGUUUCUUUUUGCUGGGUUGCUUGCUCUGCUGUGCCAUGCUUGGCGAGCUGCCGCUCUGCGCCACUCUGCCCUGCGCUUUCUUCUGCAUUAUUGUACAGUUUGAGAGUUGAGGACAAGGCCUUGGCCGGCCACGGAGAGCGGAGAGAGUCGAGGGAACGGAGAGGUUUAUCGAGCGGAACGGUGCGACACAAAGACUGUCGAGGACGAAGAAAUUGCUUUAGGUCUAUAUUCUGAGGAUCUGUCUGCCUGCGCCGUCUCCAGUGGCAUCUAUCUACUUCUCCUAUCCACCCUUUUCUCUUGGAGAUGGGUGAGGGUUUGCGAGCCUCCCGUGAGUCCGAUAGGGAGAGGGAAAAAAGCAGGGAGAAAGAUGGUGAACGGGGAGAUCGGGAACGUCGUCAUAGGGAUAGGGGUGAUGACAGAGGCGAUAGGGGCGAUCGAGGUGACCGAGGUGAUAGGGCCGAAAGAGGUGAAAGGGGCACAGAAAGAGGUGAAAGAGGAGAGCGUGAUCGUGAACACCACAAAGGCCAUGAUAGAGAGAGAAGGAGUCGAGAAUACGACCGUGAUAGAGACCGUGACAGGCGACACCGACAUCGUUCCCGCUCUCGUUCUUUGGGUAGAUCUCGGGAAUUUUCGAAGUCCAGAUCUCGAUCACCUUCAAGAGAUCGAAGGAGCAAAAGGACGAGUGGGUUCGACAUGGCACCGCCUGGCGCUACGGUGGUUGUUGGAGCGGCAAUUCCAGGACAAUUACCAGGAAUGUCACAACCUAUGCCAGGUGUCUUCCCAACUAUGUUUCCGUUCGGUGGUACUCAGUUUGGAGGGCUCCCUGCAAUGCCGGCGCAAGCAAUGACACAGCAGGCCACAAGACAUGCCCGUCGAGUUUACGUUGGAGGACUUCCACCGAUGGCGAAUGAGCAGACUAUUGCCACGUUUUUUAGUCAAGUUAUGGCCGCCGUCGGCGGAAACACUGCUGGACCAGGUGAUGCUGUGGUCAACGUGUACAUCAAUCAAGAGAAGAAGUUUGCUUUUGUGGAGAUGCGGACCGUCGAAGAGGCCAGCAAUGCAAUGGCACUUGACGGCAUCAUUUUUGAGGGAGUUUCUGUAAGGGUAAGAAGACCGAGUGAUUACAAUCCUUCAAUGGCUGCUACUCUUGGACCCAGCCAGCCCAGCCCCCAUCUAAAUCUUGCAGCUGUUGGGUUGACUCCUGGCAGCGCAGCCGGGGGUGCCGAUGGACCGGAUCGAAUUUUUGUGGGAGGACUUCCCUAUUACUUGACUGAGGUGCAAAUUAAGGAGCUAUUGGAGUCCUUCGGGCCGUUGCGGGGUUUUGACUUGGUCAAAGAUCGUGACACGGGAAAUUCAAAAGGAUACGGAUUCUGUGUAUAUCAGGACCCGUCAGUUGUGGACAUUGCCUGUGCAACGCUUAAUGGCAUGAAAAUGGAUGACAAGACUUUGACAGUCCGCCGUGCCACUGCGAGUGGUCAGCCAAAACCGGACCAAGCAAAUGUUCUGGCUCAGGCGCAGCAGCAAAUAGCCUUGCAGAAGCUCGCUCUGCAAGCUAGUGGUGCUAAUGCAGUGGCUCUCGGAGGUUUGUCAAGCUUGAUGUCUGGCCUUUCUCCCGGAAUGAUUCCCGGGAUGAUGUCAGGGUUGGGGAACGGCCUCGUCUCUUCAAAUGAGCCCGUCACUAGAGUCGUCUGCUUGACUCAGGUUGCUGCUCCCAAUGAACUCAUGGACGAUGAAGAGUAUGAGGAGAUUGUGGAGGAUAUGAACCUCGAGUGCGGAAAAUUCGGAAACCUUGUAAGCGUUGUCAUUCCCAGGCCAAGAACAGACGGAGAAGAGGUUCCAGGAGUCGGAAAGGUUUUUGUUGAGUAUGCUGAUACACAAGGUGCGAUUAAGGCUAAAACAGCUCUCCAUGGAAGGAAAUUUUCCGGCAAUUCUGUAGUUGCGGUUUACUACCCAGAGGACAAAUUUUCAAACGGGGACUACGGGGGUUAAUACACAUUUUGAUGAGUUAACUUGAGAUAGGGAAGCUGUCACCUAUCGUUUCUAAACGUGGUGCAUAGACAAUCGGGAUAGCCGAGAUCCUCUACAUUGUCUCUAUCUUCCCACAGGGGCUUCUUGAUGCGAUCUAAAAGAUCAAGAAUUCGCGGACGGCUGUUUAGAGUUCCAUUCUCAAAAAAGUUAAUUGGAGAUUCAAAUCUCUGUGUAAUUUCAGUAUACAUAACAAUGUCUCACUGUCUGAGUUUUCUUCAGGCUGUUGAAGACCUUUCCCAUCUGUUGUCUUCCAUCAUGCGUGUCAAAAGUGGUUCGUGCACUUUUGUUUUUGUUUUGGAAGAGAUGUAGGUGAUGAUAGUACUCUUGUUAAUCCAAGAGUAACCUUCAUGGAGAUUUUCACUGUGAGAGUUCUUCGUUGUCCACCUUAACUUGGUAACGAAGAUGACUCUGUUAGAAAUUACGUAUAAUUUUGCAUGAAUUGGAGUGUCAGAUAGACCACAAGAAGUUUAGGGUAACCUGGUGCUGGUAAUGGACGAAACAAACGUUUUUGAACUCACAUUUUUGACUCACUCCAGAAGUCGUUUUAGUGUGAUGCAGUCGUGGUUAAGGAGUACAACGUGUUUCGUCUCCACCCAAAGCAUCACGGUUAGUCUGGGUACUAGGCACUCCCGGAGGAUUUUACUUGAGGCGCAUAUCAACACCUUCUGAGAGGAGUCUCCAACUCCUGUAGUUUGCGUUACUUUUGAAUGUCAUCUAGAAGCAAUAGAAAGUAUCCUCAGUCGUGCCACACCAAAUCGGCACACGUCCAAUUUUUUCCAAAUAUCGAUGAAAGUAGUCUCUUUAUCAUCGGAAGUUUUCUUCCGAACUGAACUAGAAUUCAGCGUUUUGUCAAGACAGACUUGGCAACUCCGUCACCUUCUGUAGACGUUGUAAUGUUUUCAGGGCUAACCUCUGAUAAUCAAAUGCGCAC